AUGCAACACGAUCCCUGGACCUUCUACCAAGGGGGCGCUAUCAAUUUAUUAGGACCGGAGUGGAUGGAGUACCACAUCACUUUCAAUUCGGGUGCCGAUGUUGAAAGAGACAUGUGGGUAGGCUUGUCAAUUGCUCAAUCGGAUGUGGAUUUCUGGAUUGACAACUUCCGAUACUUUGAAGGUGAUCCAGAAGACGAUCUGAAUCGGGAGACACCGUUCCCUGUCGAUGCCAAGGAAAAGUUGGCAACGCAGUGGGGUGAGAUUAAGACGGAACGGUUCUAA